GUGUUUUGCACCCGGUUCUGUUGUUCCCAGGACGCUAUAAAAGAGCAGCUUUCUCGCGGUCAUUCAUCGCACACCUGCUCUGACAACAUUCCUCAGCUGAUCUCUGAAAACAACCAAGCCAGCCUCUGAGAAAAUGGACCCUUGUGAGUGCGCAAAGACUGGAACCUGCAACUGCGGGGGCUCCUGCACGUGCACGAACUGCUCCUGCACCACCUGCAAGAAGAGCUGCUGUUCGUGCUGUCCUUCCGGAUGCAGUAAAUGCGCCUCUGGCUGCGUGUGCAAAGGAAAGACCUGCGACACAAGUUGCUGUCAGUGAGGAGCCAGCACCAUCUUCCUGUUGAUCCUCGAAAUUUUUUUUUUUUUUUUUUUGUUUUUUUGUCCUGUUGCAGAUAUGUAACGCGUGUAAUUUUGUACUUGUAUAAAUGGACUUGAAAUAAAGACUUGAUUAAUGCA